GUGGCUGGUCAAGAGAACAGUGUCAGGAGUCCCCUCGGGAUCACGAUAUCUGAUUUGUGAUGAGGUUUUGAGUCUUUUAGAAUAUUCAGUUUCACUAUGGGGCCAUUUAUUCGUCUCCUCCUUGGUUUGUGCACAUUGCAUCUGUUUAUCAGUUUUAACACAAUUGUGAACGCAUCCAGGAUACCAUGGACCGCUGCUAAAAACAGUGGGACUGUGAGGAAGGCCAGAGCUGUGAACAGACCGACACCUAUCGACUGUAGGGUGGGGAGCUGGUCUUCUUGGACACCAUGUAAUGCCUGCACGGACAGAAAGUUCAGUUUCCGAUACUUAGAGAAACCCUCGCAGUUUGGUGGGACUGAGUGUGUUGAUACACUCUGGAGGAGGGAGACAUGUCCCACAUCAACCACACAGUGUGUGGUGGACGAUUACUGUGGAGAGAGCUUCACCUGCAAAGAAACAGGGCGCUGCAUCAGCACUUCACUUCGAUGUAAUGGAGAGUCAGACUGUGAUGAUUCUUCUGAUGAGGACGAAUGUGAAAGUUUAAACCUGAGAAAUGACAAGUGUUCCACCCUCAUACCAGUCCCUGGUGCAGAGCGUGGCACGCAAGGUUUUAGUGUCUUAGCUGAUGACUUAAUGGAUCAUGUACUUGACCCAAGAUAUUUUGGAGGAGAGUGUGAAUAUGUCUAUAAUGGUGAAUGGAGAAAAUUCACUUACGAUGCAUUCUGUGAGAACCUGCAUUACAAUGAAGAUGAGAAGAACUACCGGAAACCUUACAACUACCAUACUUACCAUUUUGUGGCCCAAGCAUCCUCACAGGGCUCUUCUGAAUAUUAUGAUGACAUGAAUAGCCUGCUGAAGGCAGAUAAAAGAAUGUCAUCAUUCAGUGCCGGCGUCACGGUUGGGCUCUUCCACGUGGAAGGCGGGCUGCAUGGCAGCCGGGAAGAAACGUUUUUCAAAAAGAUAACACAGUUUAAAAGCGAGGAUUUCGGGUUCGUUCGGCUUCGUUCUGAAGUGCAAACAGCUCACUUCAAGAUGAGAACUAAUAAGCUGAUGCUUCAUGAAGAUUUCUAUGUUUCACUCAUGGAGCUCCCAGAGCAAUAUGACUUUGGGAUGUACUCUCGCUUCUUCAACACAUUUGGCACCCACUACGUCACAGAGGGAACCAUGGGGGGAACCCUGGAACACGUCGUGAUUGUCAACAAAACAGCUAUGAAAAACUCACAUAUUGACGGCCAUCAAGCUGGAGGAUGCUUUGGUGCCUCUUUUGGUUUCAGCAUUCCAAUCGGCGGCAGUGCAGCAGUAGAGUCCAAGUUGAGAGGGAAUUUAUGCAAUAAAGGCGGAGAAUUCACUAAAGUAGAAGGAGGUAAUUCUUCUAUUGUUCAGGACGUUGUCACGAAAGUAAAGGGAGGAAUCACAGACAGCAGUGCUGGCGUGAUGGCCAUCAGGAACCCUGACGUAUACCAGAAGUGGGGGGCAUCUCUUAAAUAUAACCCAACACUGAUUGAUUUUGAGAUCAUGCCAAUUUAUGAGCUCAUACGCCUCAGCACAGCUGCUGACCAUGUAGGUAACAGGGUGGCCAACUUGCAGACAGCCUUGGAUGAGUAUCUGCAGCAGUUUGACACCUGCCGCUGUGCCCCCUGCAGGAACAAUGGGAUUCCUGUCCUCUCAGGCACUUCCUGUAAGUGCAUCUGUGAGUUAGGCUACCUCGGAGACGCCUGUGAAAAGACUAUCCGAAGAGAUACCAAGACAGAUGGAUCAUGGUCCUGCUGGGGGGCCUGGUCACCCUGUACAUCAAGGAGGAAGACCAGAACAAGAGCGUGCAAUAAUCCUCCACCUGAGGGGGGUGGAACCACCUGCUUAGGCUCUGCAUCUCAGACCUGGCCCUGUUAAAGACAAGUUUCUCUCCUGAGUUAACAUGUGUUAACUACUUAGAGAACACUUUUUUGUGUUCCUUUCUAAGUGCUCAGAAAUAAAAGAUAAAAUUUGACAUUCUGGAUUUCAAAAAUAUAAAUAAAAAUAUGUUUA